UGAUCGAGGAGCCGCUCUCUGCCCUCGAGCCGAGGGAGACGGGAUUAAAGAGCAACUUUUAAUCCGCGUGACACGGAGAACCGGCCGCUCAGCCAUGACGCGCGCGUCUCUCGGUGCGCGUUUCACUUUCAACUGAACCGUGACCGCGAGCAUCCCCCGUCCAACGCUGUGGAUCUGCUGACACUGGACUCCCUCGCUCACUUCUGACAUCCAGUGUCAGCAGCCGGAGCUUUGAAGAUGAUCAACCCUCAGAUAUACCUCCACUACAACUACACGGGCAAGCUGGACCACCGCGCGACCGUCGGCACGAGCUCCGGCGCCGCGGACCCCAAGACCGUCGUGUUCCUCAUCAUCUGCGGCUUCAUCGUGCUGGAGAACCUCACCGUGCUGGUGGCCAUCUGGAGGAACCACAAGUUCCACAACCGCAUGUACUUCUUCAUCGGAAACCUGGCGCUGUGCGACAUGCUGGCCGGAGUCGCCUACCUGGUCAACCUGCUGCUGUCGGGCGAGAAGACGCUGCAGCUGUCCCCCGCGCUCUGGUUCGUCCGAGAGGGGAGCAUGUUCGUGGCACUCGGCGCCUCCAUCUUCAGCCUCCUGGCGAUUGCGAUCGAGCGACACCUGACGAUGAUCAAGAUGAGGCCUUACGAUGCCAAUAAGAACUACCGCGUGUUCCUGCUGAUCGGGACCUGCUGGCUGAUUGCUGUAUCUCUCGGGGCUUUGCCUAUUCUGGGCUGGAACUGCCUGGACAACCUCCCCGACUGCUCCACGAUCCUCCCUCUCUACACCAAGACAUACGUGGCUUUUUGCAUCACGGUGUUCAUGGUUCUGCUCCUGGCCAUAUCGGUCCUUUACGCCCGCAUCUACAUCCUGGUGAAGUCCAGCAGCCAGAAAGUGAGCAAGAACAGAAACUCCGAGCAUGCGAUGUCCCUCCUGCGCACCGUCAUCAUCGUGGUCGGAGUCUUCAUCACCUGCUGGACGCCCCUCUUCAUCCUGCUCCUGGUGGACGUGGCCUGCGAGCAGCGCUGCCCCAUCCUGUACAAGGCGGACUGGUUCAUCGGCGUGGCGGUGCUCAACUCGGCCAUGAACCCGGUCAUCUACACGCUGGCCAGCCGCGAGAUGAGAGGCGCCUUCCUGGGCCUGGUGUGCGGCGUCUGCCUGUCGGGGGCGGCGGCGGCAAAGGGCGGCGGCGGCGGCAACAAGCGGCCCCUGGAGCCCAGCCGGAGCAAGUCGUGGAGCAGCCAGAACAACCCCGACCAGAACCAGCGGGGGGGCGGCGGGCGGGCGGAGCCGGAGAAAGGGCGGGAGACGGAGACGGACACGGCGCACGGCGAGGUCUCGGUGGUGGCGGGAGGGGCGGGCCGAGCCGUCGGGGAGAGUGACGGGAAGGACUGAACGGCAGGAAGUUGAGGCCGGUCCUGGCGGGGAGCUCACGGGCGCUUAAGUUGUGAUUCAGGAUGAAGGAUUUCUUGGCUGCAGGGCAGCGGUUCCUCCGCUUGUUAUUGAUUUAUCUGCAUCACCUGAAGUCUGGAAGCGGAUUACAAUGAGAUACGUCCUUCACUAAGAGGUGAU